AUGUCUGAGACCACAAAACCCGCUGCUCCCGGCCAGGCUGCGGAUGACAAGGAGAAGGCAGCUCCUGCUCCAACCCCAUCCCUUGACCCUGCUCCUGUCGCAAACAGCAAGGGCGAGGAGCCCUCCCCAGAAGCCUUCAGGAUUGUUGUCUUCGACCAGGAGAACUUCCAGGGCAGGCAGAUGGAGUUCACCGCCGAGUGCCUGAACCUGGCUGACCGUGGCUUCGACCGGGUGCGCAGCGUCAUUGUCACCUCCGGACCCUGGGUGGCCUACGAGCAGGCCAACAUGCGUGGGGAGAUGUUCAUCCUGGAGAAGGGCGAGUACCCUCGCUGGGACACCUGGUCCAGCAGCUACCGGAGCGACUGCUUCAUGUCCAUGCGUCCCAUCAAAAUGGAGGCUGAGGACCACAAAAUCUCCCUCUACGAGUCUGCUGACUUCAAGGGCAACAAGAUGGAAAUCCAGGAGGACGACGUGCCCAGCCUCUGGGCUUAUGGCUUCUGCGACCGCGUGGGCAGCGUGCAGGUGCCCAGUGGAACUUGGGUCGGGUACCAGUACCCUGGCUACAGAGGCUACCAGUACCUCUUUGAGACUGGAGACUUCCGACACUGGAAUGAGUGGUCUGCCUUCCAGCCCCAGAUCCAGUCCAUCCGCCGCAUCCGGGACAUGCAGUGGGACCAGAAGGGCACCUUUGUCACCCCCGACGCGCCCUCUGACUGAGCGUGCUGCCUGCUAGCUACGAGUCCCGGGCCCCGUGGGGCACCCCCGCCUCCCCUCGCGCUCGCCUGCCCAGCACUUUCCUUGUACAUUGCACAUUCCCUGGAUGUACUCUACCUUGUGAGGCAAAUUAAAAAAAAAACAGAAGAUUAGAA